ACUGAAACUUUUAAGGUCUGAAAGCAUAGUGGUGAAAUGUAAUGAAACGUGAUGAAAGGAUUUUGCGUGACUCGUUACACGACAUGCAUUGAAGCGAGGCAAAUUCAAAGAUCAGCAGAAAUAGCUGCCAUGUUGAUCUUCCGCUAUGUUUAUCUACAACAACAAUGAAUGAAAGAUGACGAAUACUGCAACAGCUGGCUCUGAUGCCUGGUCUUCUGUCACAGAACAGAGUAUUUUUCUUGACGAUGGCCUUAAAUUUGUUGUCGAGGUUCUCCAACCUCCUCUUAUCUCCACCGAGCGCUCCGCAUUUGUGGAGUGCAUUUCCGAGCACAAGUUUGAAACUUCUUCAAACGCGGAACUCAGCAGGCGUCUUUUGAAUGCGUGUGCUCUUCAACAUGGUUCAUAUUACAAGUUUUUCAACUAUCGACAGCGUGCUUUGCUUGGCCUUUGGCACUCACAGAAAUCCAAAAUAACAACUUUGUCGUCGAAAAUUUCUCGACCUCCUGCCGGUAGUCAUGGUGGUCUGAAAACUUCCAAGGCCGAUUUGAAACUGAAAGGACAACCGCAGGAUGUUUCUUUUUCGUCCCAUGUUAGUCUUCUUCUCUUAGUUCCCAUUCUACAGUCUCAAAGUCGCACAGAUCCUUCACUGGCUGGGCAAUGUUCGGAAUUAUUACUGCAAUGUCUUCAAAAUUGCGCUCCAAACUCUCUAGCCGUUGAACCUGUAAGCUGCAUCAAAGGCCUAGCUGAUCUUCUUUGUAGUUGGUUGCAGCAAGCCAACGGUGAAGAAAAUAGAAGUAAACAUGAAGAAUUAGCUCGGUGUGGUGUGAAAAGAGAGGGUUUGGUAGCAGCACUCAUCGCAUUAGCCUGUGGAAGGCUCUCCAUUCAACUAUUUAUUCAAGUUCUUGAAGUUCUUCAACAACAGAGGACUGUGUUGGGCAAGCUGCCUGUAGGUGGCACACUAAAAAAAGCUAUAGAGUAUGAAAGGAAGGGUUCAUUCAAUGACCUUGGUGGCCUGCACACAUCUUGUUUUAUCACUAGUUGGCAGUUUGAAGUAACUUUAACUGAAUCUGAAGACUCCAUUAACAGCAAUGACCAGAUAAAUACUGUUGUUUGUGAUGGGAAAUUCCUGUAUCUCAUUAGUGGGGCUACUGAAGGUCUGGUUAAAAUUGGCACUGGAAAACAUGGAACACUCAGGGGGAGCAUGUGCAGAAGGAAUGCUGAUCUCAGGGAGGGGUGGUUAGCUAUUGUACAAGGCUGGUUAUUGUUCCGACCGAAGGUGUUUGACAACGAGCCUUCAAGUGUGUGCUACAUUUUGGAUACAAUAUCUCUGCAAAUAAUACGAACAGUCAAGCUGAAGGAUGCAAUUAAGCCAGAGGUUGAUAGAGUACAACCCUCUCUGCAACACAAGACCAUACAGUUUCUAAGUGAUGGGGUUCACUUGUAUUGGCUUUGGACUACGAAAACAUCAGAGCAAACUGAUCAAGAGAAUAGAAAACUGGAUUUGUGUUUACAAGAAUUCAAACUAGAAUCAAGUGAGGAUGAGCUUGAAGUUUUUGCCUCUUCCUGUAGUGAUGCAGUUGUUGUGAUGAGGAGAGAGGAACCACUGUCUUCUUUGUCAUCUCCAUUACCAGUCAGACGUUCACCUACAACUCCUACUCCUCAGAAAGAUGCAGAUGAGAUAGUUAGUUGUGGAUUGACAAUGAGUGCUCUCAAGCAGUCAGCCAUGUUUAUCAGUGGUGACAUGUUAAUCAUUGUGGUACCACAGCUUGCAAAUCCUUCUGGACCCAUCCUGCUAUCACUCAGGGGACACAGAAGUCCAGUGAAUUAUUGUUUUUCAAUCCUGGAUGGUUCUUCUGUGAAGCAUGAAAAUGUUGUCAACUCAGCCACACCCAAGUGGCAAGAUCUAGUUAUUCCAGGCCUGAGUGUUUGCCAGGACUCUGUUAAUGGCCGACUAUGGAGUUAUGGUAACAGUCAGAUGGGUGAAUGGGUGCAUGGUGGACAUCCAUCUUGCAGUCAGGUGUCUCAGCAGCUUAGAACUCCUCCAAGGUCUCAAUGUUCAGGUUAGGAAUCAGGUUUUACUAACCUUUUCAGCUAGAAGGCCAGGAAAAAGGUUAACUUUGUAACUGAACUUUUUUAUUAAUUAUAACAAUUUUCUGACUAGAUGGUCAAACCAAGAAGUGUAAAUCAUUCUCACUGCUGGCCAAUUUACCUUGCACGCGGCCCUUAUUGAAACCCUCUGUGAGGAAUUCCCUGUUUAAUCUGCAAGACAUAGAGAUUAUGUUGCAUGGAAAUAUGAAUUUUAUUUUCAAGUGGUAUAAUAAAUUGUUUUUAAUAUGAGAAAAUAAAAUUCGUAUCUUCAAGCCACUAUUGUAGUAAUUUUGUAGUUGUAUUUUGUAGACAAACUGACUGAUUGUUUCUGUUAAUUUAUGAACAAACAGACUGUAGUCAUUGAUGACUUAUAUUGUUUCCUCAGAUUCCAAACCCCAAAUGGUUGUUAGUCAGGUUAUCAAAUGCUUUGUCUUAAAUAUUUGUCUUUUCAUAAAAAAAAUGUUUUAUUAAAUUGAGAUAUAUAUUUUCCACUAUAAUGACAAAACGAAAAUUGCUUUCAACCUCUCCCACCCAACAAGAACAAAAAAGCAUAUGUUUUUGAGAACAUUUUCUGGACAGGUACAAGUAUGCUAUCCUUUCAAAUGCUGGCUUAGGAAAAUGUCCAU